CAAUGAAAACCUCAAUGGAACAUUUCGAUUCUCUUGAUGACAUGGCUGAUUUUCCAGAGGAAUUGAAUGUCAAAGCAAUUCUCGAGAAAGUUAAGGUAUUUUUAGUUGUAAAACAACUAAAAGAAGAUAGUUCGCCUAAUUUGGUCAUACCAAAUCUAUAUAUAGGAUGUUUGGGAACAGUAUUGAAUAAAAAAAAACUCUAUGAAAGUAUAUAAAAUGUAUAAAUUACAGCUUAAAUAACACAUAUUUUAAGUGUGUGUGAAAUGCCAAUAUUCCCUUAUUAGGCAGAAGAUUUUAAAUCUCUUCUUAUUAAUAUCAACGACAGUGUUGAUUAAGAAAUCAAGUCCAAGUUUGAAAUAGCUAAUGAUUUCAUUCAUUCUGCUAUCAAAAAUAAGUAGAAUGUACUUAUUCAUUGGUAUUAUACAUAUAUAUUUAAAGUUUUGCUGGUAAAUCUAGGUCUGCUUCCUUUGUUAUUGCCUAUUUAAUAAAAUAUCUACAAAUGACACCACUCUAAGCACUGAAACUCCUUCAAUCAAGGAGAAGAAUUGCCUAACCUAAUAUGGGCUUCAUGAAACAACUUGAUGCUUACCAUAAGGAACUCUACAGACAGCCACAGAUACAAAAAGAACAAAAAUAAAUAGAAAGCUCUUAUAUACAGAAAAAGGUGAAAAGUAAUCAAUAAUAAGAACAUUUAUAGUAAAGUAAUGACCAAUAGAUACUAAAUUCAUGAUU